UGGUGUUUGCUGACAGGGCAGUGAGGAGACCCAGCAGAGGAAGCAUGAAACCAGCAGUGUGGUACACAUGCACACUCAUGGUGGGCUUCUUGUACAUAUAUGUGACGCUCAUCAACUAUGUGAGAGGCGCAGAGAUAUCUGGGCCAGAACCCAGGGUCCUUGUGGGCCCACAGGAGAACAAAGAGCCUGAUUGAAGUGAUCUUUUGAUAUUUUUUUAUUUUCUCAAACAGUGGACCAUCAGUGGAAGGGGUGAGGCCAGGGUUGCCAUCAAGCCCAGUUAGGGGCAACUUGAUUGCCAGACAAUCUGGAUUCCCAAGGUUGGACUUUGAUUACCACCACUACCCAGAGAUGACUGCAUGGCUGGGGAAUGUGUCUGCAACAUUCCCAGAGAUCACAGCACUUUAUUCUAUUGGGAAAAGUGCCCAGGGGAGGGACCUUUGGGUCUUGGUGUGUUCUGCAUCCCCUUAUGAACACAUGAUUGGGAAGCCUAAUGUCAAGUAUGUGGCCAACAUGCAUGGGAAUGAGGCUGUUGGCAGGGAAGUGAUGCUUCACUUCAUCCAGUACUUGGUGCUGAACUACAAGAGAGAUGAUUAUGUGACAUGGCUGAUGGACAACACAAGGAUACACAUCAUGCCAUCCAUGAACCCUGAUGGGUUUGAAGCAUCUGAUGAAGGCAGGUGUCAAGGUGGCAAGGGAAGGUACAAUUCUGAAGGUUUUGACCUAAACAGAAACUUCCCAGACUUUUUCAAGUCCAAUACCCAGAGGGCACAACCAGAGACUGAAGCUGUCAAGAAGUGGAUCUCCAGGAUUCAGUUUGUUUUGUCUGCCAAUUUCCAUGGUGGUGCCCUGGUGGCCUCUUAUCCUUAUGAUAAUUCCCCCAACUCCAUUUUGCAAUCACUGUCGCGGCCGACGUCCCCGACGCCGGAUGAUGACGUGUUCCGCCACCUGGCGUCGGUGUACGCCACGCGCCACCUGACGAUGCACCGCGGCCAGGCCUGCGACGCCCAAACGCCGCCAUUUCCCGGCGGUGUCACCAACGGCGCCCGUUGGUAUCCUCUAACAGGUUCCGACGACGACGACGUGUUUCGACUAUUGGCGCGGACGUAUGCGGACACGCACCCGCGCAUGAACAGGGAUGUCGAAUGUCCAGGGUUUUACGGAGCCAAAGUAACGAGUUUCGACAAGGGGAUCACAAAUGGCGCCGCUUGUGUUCUGACUUUUGCAUUGGCAGGUGGGAUGCAAGAUUAUAACUACAUUUGGCAUGGAUGCAUGGAAGUGACAAUUGAAAUGUCCUGCUGCAAGUACCCAAAGGCAUCAGAGUUGCCAGACUUCUGGGAAGAAAACAGAGAGGUAUGUUUUUGGUUUUCUUAA